AUGACCUCAGUUGCAGACCCCCGCCCGGCGCGGUCCGAUGGCCUGGGGUUCUACUGGCCCGACUUACCAGCCCCAGCCAGACAGAGGCAGGCGACAGAAGGGUCUGCGCACGGACAACCAGGGCGACGCGCAGACUACGCGCACGGACACACAUCCCUUGUCCACGGAAGGUGCUUCCCGGAGGCUGUUAGGAGGGAGAGCCCGGGUGUGAGGGGUUCCGCGAGGGCUCGGCCGCCCUUACGGAUCUCACCCGGAGGGGCUCCGCCGAGGCCCAGCUGCGGAGGCACAGCCCUGGUGCCUUCUGAUUGGCUCAGCCUCAGCCGCUCGCGUAUUCGCUUCCGGGUGAGAGGUGCUUGGUUGCCUCAGCAACCGAGCGCGCUCAGAGCAGAGGCAAGCGCUUGGUUCCCACCGGCCGCAGACCUGGCGACCCGGGGGGAAUCUCACAGUCAAGGAAAUCUCUCCAACACCUCUUUGUUAACUGCAGAAGUGUACAAGGUAAACUUUGUAUUUCCAAAUGGAGACAAGUAUGAUGGUGACUGUACAAGAACAUCUUCUGGAAUCUUUGAGAGAAAUGGAAUAGGUAUUCAUACCACUCCUAAUGGGAUUAUCUACACAGGAAGCUGGAAAGAUGACAAGAUGAAUGGUUUUGGAAGACUUGAACAUUUUUCAGGAGCAGUGUAUGAAGGACACUUUAAGGACAAUAUGUUUCAUGGACUGGGGACAUACACCUUCCCAACUGGAGCAAAGUACACUGGAAAUUUCAAUGAAAAUAGGGUGGAAGGUGAAGGACAAUAUACAGAUAUCCAAGGACUAGAAUGGUGUGGUAACUUUCAUUUCACAGCUGCUCCAGGCCUGAGACUAAAGUUCCAUAUGUAGCUAUUCUAAAUUAAACCUUUAAUGUUGUAAGCUUUCAGUUGUAAGGAAAACAAAUGUGUCAUCUAAAGUAAUUUCAAACACUACCUCUGCAUUAUAGUUUGGCCAAUAAAACCACCACUCAUCCCU